AUGAAAGUCGCUUCAACACCAAUACUUAAAUCUUCUAGGCACCAUCGCAUGCGAGCAAUAUCAAUCGAUCUUCCUGACGCUACUGCGUGGCUGAAAAACCUUCAAAUUCGCUUACAGACUGCAGUUAAUGGGCACUACGAAAUUCAUGCAACGUAUAUUUCUCCUCGCUGGCAAGACAAACAGAUAGUGUGGACUGUUAGUCACUCCUUUGACGCAUUUCGUCGUUUUCGCAAGCAGCUUCUGCAAAGGCUACAACUAGGCCACAAAUGUACUGCCGAGUGCAAGUGGCUUCAUUCGGUUGUAAAGAACCAUUUUCCUAAGACAAAGUUGUUCACCGUCAAUAGACCACCUGCCACAGAAGAGCGCCGAUCAUCUCUGCUGCGAAUACUCAAGAUUCUUCAGGAUUCGCUUACGAAUAGAGGCAAUCAAGGUUGUAAGGUACUUGUGUAUGGAGUGUGUAACGACUUUGCAGCUUUCAUUUGCGGCAGCGAUUAUAAAGUACCCGAUAUUUCGUGGGUUGCAAUGCUGUCUUCGCAACGUAGCAACGGAAGAACACAUGUUCCUGAUUAG